ACGUAAGAUGUCUGCCGUGUAAAAGGUAUUAGUAUUUGGUUGCAAUUCAUACUCAGGCGGUUUCUAAAUCAGAGAGCUUCGUCUAACUUACCAUUGAUCCUAAUAUUAAAUAAAACUGCAAUUCAAGAUGUUGGGGAUCAAGCGUGUCUCGUCUUCUAACAUCAUAGACUUGGAGUUAUUGCUCUCUGAUCCUCUGAGUUCAAAUCCAUAUCCACCAGGAUCAAGAGAAAUGUUUGAGAGACGUCAAAGCGUGAUGGAGUUCCAGCAGCUCAUGAAAAAUGAUGCUCAAGCUGCAUUGACAUCUGAGUUGGAAAAAUUGUCUCUGACAACAAUGCCAGACAAGAGAGAGAAAACUAAAAGAGAGUUUGAAGGCUUUCAACACCUAUUUCAAACAUUUCUCUCAAAGAUCGGACCGUCUGUUGUUUGGGACAAAAUUAAACCCCCACCUGAGGGAAAAAUAAAAUCAUUUGAAGAAAUAACGUCUCAGGCGAGGGUAUCAUCAGAUGCUGAAUUACUAAAGAAAUUAGUUGUUGUCAAGUUGAAUGGUGGUCUUGGUACAAGUAUGGGAUGCACAGGACCUAAAAGUUUAAUUUCUGUGAGAAAUGGUCUCACAUUUUUGGACCUUACUGUUCAACAAAUCGAAUCUCUGAAUAAAGAACACAAGACUGAUGUGCCACUAGUUCUGAUGAAUUCAUUCAAUACACAUGAAGACACUGAAAUGAUACUGAGAAAAUAUGCAUCUUGUAAAGUCAAAAUUUUUACAUUUAAUCAAAACAGGUACCCUAGAAUCAACAAAGAAACUCUUCUUCCAGUUCCCCAACGAGUUGAUGGUGACCAUGAGGGUUGGUACCCACCUGGACAUGGUGACAUUUACGAAUGCAUUGUCAGAUCAGGAUUGUUGAAAACAUUCAUUGAUGAGGGAAGAGAAUACAUGUUUGUUUCAAAUAUUGAUAAUCUCGGGGCAACUGUAGAUCUUGAUAUUUUGAAUAUGCUUGUUAGUAAACAAAAUGAUGAAACUUGUGAAUUUGUUAUGGAAGUUACGGAUAAAACGAGAGCUGAUGUUAAAGGUGGAACUCUGAUUGAAUAUGAAGAUAAACUUCGUUUGCUUGAGAUUGCUCAGGUUCCCAAGGAACAUGUUGAUGAAUUCAAAAGUGUUUCAAAGUUCAAGAUUUUUAACACGAAUAAUCUAUGGAUGAAACUUUCUGCUGUGAAUAGCCUGGUUACGUCUAAACAACUAGAUAUUGAAGUUAUUGUUAAUAAUAAGAGGCUGCCAAACGGAGUCAAUGUUAUCCAAUUAGAAACAGCUUCCGGUGCUGGAAUUAAAAAUUUCAACAAUGCCAUAGGUAUCAAUGUACCAAGAAGCCGUUUUCUACCGGUGAAGAAAACAUCAGAUCUUUUGCUUGUAAUGAGUAAUUUAUAUACAUUACGUCAUGGUUCAAUGGUCAUGAACAAGAAUCGAAUGUUUCGGACUACACCUCUUAUUAAACUUGGGGAUGAGCACUUCUCUAAGGUUCACAAGUUUCUGAGUAGAUUUGAAACAAUACCUGAUAUGCUAGAGCUGGAUCACUUAACUGUGAGUGGUGAUGUUACUUUUGGCAAAGAUGUUACAUUGAAGGGUACGGUGAUUAUCAUUGCAAGUCAUGGUGAACGAAUCGAUAUACCAUCUGGUUCUUUUCUUGAAAAUAAAAUUGUUUCGGGUAAUCUACGUAUACUCGAUCAUUGAUGAGUAUGAGUGGUUUGAUCUUUAUCCUAAAAUGACCAUCUUGAUACAUGUUGUUCAUUAAUACAUGUAUCUUCAUAUCCGCAUUGCUUUGCUAUUUAUUUCUAAUUGGAACGACUUGAUGUGAAAUCUGAAUUAAAAAUAUUUUAUUGGUUCUUUGUGGCAUUGCAAUGUAUAUCAAAUAUAAGAUAUGAAUUUCCUUUUUGCAUAUUUCAAAUUUGGCAAAGAAUUAGUAUUCAGGAUAAUUUUAGGGAGUAUUUUGACUAUUGUGUUUCAGUCGUAAGUAACCAAACCCUGAAAUGUACAGAUAGAUUACAUGGAUACAUCUACCAAAGGAAUUAUAUGAUCAGACUUGAAUGUUUUUUUUUCAUAUUUGUUUUUAUUCAAUGAAAGAGUUUGAAGUUUCAUUUGUUGUUAUGAAAUGUUAAAUAUUAUGUUUUAAUAUAUGGGCCUACCUUGUUUGAAAAAUAAAAUUAAUUGCUUUAGUAUUUUUCACACAAAAAUGAUCAUUCCAGUGAGGAAAACAUUUUUCAUUUAAUUUUUGCAAUUACUAUGUCAGAUAAAAUGAUACACGAGGCUAAAGAACAAAAUAGUUUGUUAUUCAUUUAAUCAUUAAUAAAAGGGAAAAUACAAUUUUGAUUUGCUCCUGAUCUCAGUUGGUGUUUGAAAAUACCCAACUUUAAAUUAUCAUGCUACUCUUAUAUUUUCAUGAUCUUUAUGCAUUUUGCCAGUAACAUAUAACGAUUGCUUUAACUUAGAUGCUUGUCAAGUGGUUAACAUCUAUCAGAUUCCAACAUUUCAUAAAAGCAGGAUAUUCAGGAAUUUUCUCCAGUGUCGUAUUAAGCUUCAAAGAUAAAUAAAAUAAGAUAAAAACUUUCAAGUUUUGAUCAUGAUUUUAUAUAUUUUAAUAUAAUAUUCAGACACCAUAUAUCGGUACUAUUUUUAUUUAUAGUUGUUCUUGAUAUUUUUAGUAUCCUGCUUUUCUUAAAUUAUAUGUUUAUUGUUUUUAGUUAGUUUAGGUUGACAAACAAUUGCUAAUUUCGUUUUCAGCAACUACUUUCAGUAAUUGUAAUUAAUGUCGAUGCUAUUAAGAUUUUGGAAAUGCCAGGUUUAUUCUUGCCAGUUUUUUGUCAUGUCCCUUUGUUUUUUAAUAUGCGUAAUCAGCAAUAAACGCUUGAAGCCGCUUGCA